AUGCUGUUCAUCGAUGAUGGACCGUACAACACGGUAUCCCCUUCCGUAGACAACUAUGAUACAGCUACUAUGAAUUUCAACGGAACAUCUGCAUCCUACUUGGGUGGUGGGGUAUUGAUCCUAAAAACCUUGACAGGGGAAUCUGUUGAAGUCAUCGAUGAGCCGAAAGCUAACAAGACGAUCGACAUAAUCGACGUGAAAUUUGUGCAAGUCGCAUUCUGCAUACUCUAUUCAAUUAUAUUCGUGCUAGGGGUUUUUGGAAAUGUGUUGAUAACUAAUAAUAAAACCUAUUGCGAGGAGAGCUGGCCAUCGGACAAAUCCAGAAAAAUAUUCGGUGUUUUUACAACUGUACUGCAGUUUUUAAUUCCAUUUUUAGUAAUAGCCAUAUGCUACACAUGCGUUAGUAUAAGACUUAAUGAUAGAGCACGCGCCAAGCCUGGUGCAAAAAACACAAGAAGAGAGGAGGCGGACCGUGAUAGGAAGCGGCGAACAAACAGAAUGCUUAUAUCUAUGGUCGCUAUAUUCGGUAUCUCGUGGCUGCCGCUCAACCUUAUAAACAUAUUUAACGACUUUUACGCUCAGAUGACAGAAUGGAAUUAUUAUUUUGUCUCAUUCUUUUUGGCGCACUCCAUGGCAAUGGCGUCCACGUGCUACAAUCCAUUCCUUUACGCGUGGCUGAAUGAAAAUUUCCGAAAGGAGUUUAAACAAGUACUGCCCUUCUUUGAAUCGACGGGAGGCGUCAGAAACAGCUACCAUUCGGGACGAAUGCCUACACACAAAUCUGACAAAGUGUGCAACGGCAAUGAAACAAUACAGGAAACUUUAUUGGCCUCUUCGUUCAAUAGAGGGCCAUCGAUAAAACAGAAAAUGCUAGAGGGCAUUGAUAGACGAAGAAUCGCAUUUCACCGAAACAAAUUCCUCGAAACCCAGCAUUUAACUGAACUUCUCUUCAAAAGGGGCAAGCAGAAAAUCGUUUUGUGU